CCGCGCCGUAUUACUGCGCUUUUUAUGCCCAUCUUUAUUAUUAGAGCAACGCCCCGCCCCUCCUACCUGUUCAUCUCUCUACCGUUCUCUGGAGCGAGCGCAUCUGACAGGCGCAAUCAGCCUGAGCGGGAGCAGAGGAACAGUGGGGGAAGACUACAUUUACCCGAGAGCUUAUCAUUGUUUGCUGAAUUUAGUGGAAACACCGUUCGAUUAUGUAUUUUGGGUUUUCGCAUCGUGGCAACCGUUUGGGGACUUGAAAUAUAUUCAGCCAUUCGAAAACCAUAUAGGCUAUCGAUUAAAUUGACGUUUAGAAAAGUGAAAUCGAUUGUCCGCGGUUAAUCGACGGAAUCACUGGACUGAAGACGGCUUGAGAGACCGGACAGAAGGUGGUUGAAAAAACAGCCUUGGUUUAAUGUCGCUGCGCCUAUCAUAAUCUGAAACAUUGGCAGCCUCGAUGCCUGCUAGAUGAGACCAUCUUUGCCAUGGCAUUUGUCCUGAAAGACUUGGAAAACCCCUACAAAUGAAAAACGCUCAACGUUCAUCAUUACUGCGGAUUUAAAUGCUUCUCGCGAAUGGACACCGACCCGCUAUUUCGCACCAGUUUGUGCGUGCGGCGUUUUCCACUGUAGCGGAAAUCUGAACUAGAUUGCAAUAAACAGUUAAGUGCGGGUGACAAUAAUAUAGAACGCGAAGGGGGGUAUUUUUGUUUCAAGCAAUAUGGCUGGUGAGUGGGGCUGGGGACGCUGGCACAGGCUCUCCAAGGCUCCUAGAUGCUAGCUGAGCCGGAUGCCACCGUUCUCCAUGGAAGCGGCAACUCUAUGAUGAGUAGAAAUAUCUAUCAUAAUAAAAAUCAGGACUCCUCGAUCUCUAUAUCCAAAAUGGACGUGAUCAUCCCCUUCUCGCCAGACGUGCCCUGCGACAAUAAUGGCCAACGCAUGUGGUGGGCAUUCCUCGCCUCCUCUAUGGUGACGUUUUUCGGGGGUCUCUUCAUCAUUCUCCUUUGGAGGACCCUUAAAUACCUGUGGACCGUGUGCUGCCACUGCAACACCAAAAAGAAGGAGGCCCAGAAGGUGAAUAACCCUGCUAACAGUCAGGCAGCAGAUGGGACACCUAAGGGUCCUGAUGAGAAGGACGAAGUGGUACCUGCCAGCGAGGUUGGGUGGAUGACCUCUGUGAAGGACUGGGCCGGGGUCAUGAUAUCAGCACAGACACUCACCGGCAGAGUCCUGGUCGUGCUCGUCUUUGCUCUCAGCAUUGGAGCACUUGGAAUAUACUUUAUAGACUCUUCUGAUCCCAUAGAAUCCUGUCAGAAUUUCUACAAAGAUUUCACGUUACAGAUCGACAUGUUCUUCAAUGUCUUCUUCCUCCUCUACUUUGGGCUGCGGUUCAUAGCUGCCAAUGAUAAGCUGUGGUUCUGGCUGGAGGUCAACUCAGUGGUGGACUUCUUCACUGUUCCUCCUGUCUUCGUAUCGGUCUACUUGAAUAGGAGCUGGCUGGGCUUAAGAUUCCUGAGAGCCUUGAGAUUGAUACAGUUCUCAGAAAUUUUACAGUUUUUGAAUAUCUUAAAAACAAGCAAUUCCAUCAAGCUGGUGAACCUGUGUUCCAUCUUCAUAAGCACAUGGCUAACAGCUGCCGGAUUCAUACAUUUGGUAAGUGGCUGGGCGGGGGGGGAUCCUUGGGAAAACUUCCAAAAUUCCCAGUCACUUUCCUAUUGGGAAUGUGUCUACUUGCUCAUGGUCACUAUGUCAACAGUGGGCUACGGGGAUGUCUAUGCAAAAACCACCCUGGGACGCCUGUUCAUGGUCUUCUUCAUCCUUGGGGGUUUGGCCAUGUUUGCCAGCUACGUCCCUGAAAUCAUAGAGUUAAUAGGAAACCGCAAGAAAUAUGGUGGUUCCUAUAGUGCGGUUAAUGGGAGAAAGCACAUUGUGGUCUGUGGUCAUAUAACGCUCGAAAGUGUCUCCAACUUCCUCAAAGACUUCCUACACAAGGACAGGGAUGAUGUCAAUGUAGAAAUUGUUUUUCUCCAUAAUAUUUCCCCUAAUCUUGAGCUGGAAGCCUUGUUCAAACGCCACUUUACCCAAGUGGAGUUCUACCAGGGAUCUGUUCUCAACCCUCACGAUCUGGCCCGAGUGAAGAUUGAGUCAGCAGACGCCUGUCUGAUUCUGGCUAAUAAAUACUGUCCAGAUCCCGAUGCUGAAGAUGCCUCCAACAUCAUGAGGGUCAUCUCUAUCAAGAACUAUUCCCCUAAGAUACGAAUUAUCACUCAAAUGUUACAAUACCAUAACAAGGCUCACCUGCUCAACAUUCCUAGCUGGAACUGGAAGGAGGGGGAUGAUGCGAUCUGUCUAGCAGAGCUGAAGGCUGGCUUCAUAGCUCAGAGCUGUCUAGCCCAGGGCCUCUCCACCAUGCUUGCCAAUCUCUUCUCCAUGAGGUCUUUCAUCGAGAUUGAAGAGGAUACGUGGCAGAAGUACUAUUUAGAAGGGGUAGCUAAUGAGAUGUACACAGAGUAUCUGUCCAGUGCCUUUGUGGGGCUCUCCUUCCCAGCAGUCUGUGAGCUGUGCUACGUGAAGCUGAAGCUGUUGCUUAUCGCCAUCGAGAACAAGUCGGAGCUGGGAGAGAGCAGCAUCCUCAUCAACCCGGGGAACCACGUAAAGAUGCAGGAAGGAACUCUGGGGUUCUUCAUCGCCAGCGACGCCAAAGAAGUAAAGAGAGCAUUUUUCUACUGCAAAGCUUGUCACGACGACAUCACAGACCCCAAACGGAUCAAAAAGUGUGGCUGCAAACGACCCAAGAUGUCCGUCUACAAACAAAUGAAACUGGCAUGUUGUUUUGAUUGCGGCCGUUCAGAGCGAGACUGCUCUUGCAUGUCAGGCAGUGUACAUUGUAACAUGGACACCCUACAGAGGGCCUACCCACUCUCCUCUGUCUCUGUUCAUGAUUGCGCAACCACUUUACGUGCCUUUGAAGAUGAGCACCCGUCAACUCUGUCACCCAAGAAAAAGCAGCGGAACGGAGGUAUGCGAAACUCACCCAACAACUCGCCCAAAAUGAUGAGGCAUGACCCUCUACUAAUCCCUGGGAACGAGCAGAUGGAGAACAUGGACAUGAAUGUGAAGCAGUACGACUCCACGGGAAUGUUCCACUGGUGCCCAUCGAAAGAGAUUGAGAAGGUCAUCCUGACCCGGAGUGAGGCAUCCAUGACGGUGUUGAGCGGCCAUGUAGUGGUCUGUAUAUUUGGAGAUGUCACGUCCGCUCUAGUGGGGCUGCGAAACUUGGUGAUGCCUUUGAGAGCCAGCAACUUCCAUUAUCACGAGCUGAAGCCCAUAGUGUUUGUGGGCUCGCUGGAGUACCUGAGGAGAGAAUGGGAAACUCUCCACAACUUCCCCAAGGUCUCCAUACUACCUGGUACGCCAUUAAGUCGUGCAGAUUUAAGGGCUGUCAACAUCAACCUCUGCGACAUGUGCGUGAUACUGUCGGCCAAUCAGAACAAUAUCGACGACGCUUCGCUGCAGGAUAAGGAAUGCAUUCUGGCGUCGCUCAACAUCAAGUCUAUGCAGUUUGACGACAGCAUCGGGCUCUUGCAGGCUAACUCCCAAGGUUUCACGCCUCCUGGAAUGGACCGGUCCUCUCCAGACAGCAGUCCAGUACAUGGUUUAGUACGCCAGGCCUCCGUCACCACCGGCGCCAACAUCCCCAUCAUCACUGAACUAGUGAACGACUCCAACGUUCAGUUCCUGGACCAAGAUGAUGAUGAUGACCCGGACACAGAGCUGUACCUGACGCAGCCCUUCGCCUGCGGAACCGCCUUCGCUGUCAGCGUGCUGGACUCUCUCAUGAGUGCAACAUACUUCAACGAUAAUAUCCUCACCCUGAUCCGGACGCUGGUGACUGGGGGAGCCACCCCGGAGCUAGAGGCUCUAUUGGCCGAAGAGAACGCCCUGCGAGGGGGCUACAGCACGCCACAGACACUGGCCAACCGAGACAGGUGUCGUGUAGCCCAGCUAGCCCUCUAUGACGGGCCCUUUGCCGACUUGGGGGAUGGCGGUUGCUAUGGAGAUUUGUUUUGUAAAGCGUUGAAGACGUACAACAUGUUGUGCUUCGGAAUAUACAGAUUGAGAGAUGCUCACCUCGCCACGCCUAGCCAGUGUACCAAACGGUAUGUGAUCACCAACCCUCCGUAUGAGUUUGAGCUGGUCCCCACAGACCUGAUCUUCUGCCUGAUGCAGUUUGACCACAACGCGGGUCAGUCCCGGGCCAGCCUCUCCCACAGCUCUCACUCCUCCCAUUCCUCCAGCAAAAAGAGCUCGUCCGUCCACUCCAUCCCCACCACCAACCGGCAGAACCGCAGCAGCAAGGCCCGGGAGGCCGGCCACAAACAGAAAAAGGAAAUGGUUUACAGAUGAACCAGAAAAUGCCUACCCACGGAACAUUCAGAUCAAGCCCAUGAGCACUCACAUGGCCAACCAAAUCAACCAAUACAAAUCCACUAGCAGUCUGAUUCCACCAAUCAGAGAAGUUGAAGAUGAAUGCUGAAAACCAGGCCCACUUGAUGACCCGUGAGAAGUCUGGAUGCUCUUUCGAAAGGAGAGAAAGGGAGAUGACAAACGGGGAUGAUGAUGUUGAUUCAUUGGUCCUCACUCAUUCUACAGAUCAAGGGUUUGACAUAAACACCACAACUUGAAGGGACCUCCUAUGUGUAUACCUUUAAUGUUACUUCCAUGCUCUACAAUGGACAAUGUUUUAUUUAUCAAUCUUCCAUAGAGAUGUACAUAAUGACAAUCAAAUAAGGAUUGUUCAUCCCCCUAGCACUUUUUAAAAUUAUUUUAAGAGUUGAAAAAGAGAAGAAAAAGUACUUCCUGUCAUUAUUUGCAAUAGUUCACAUCUUUGUGUGACCACACUCCAUGGCUACUGUAGCUGAGGUUACUACUGGUUGUUGGAGGAUGAGGGCCGCGGCAGUUUUCUCAUCACAAUAUCAUAACAUCUCCAAAAGCUCCAGAAAACCGGCUGGGGUUCACCGCUCACCACUCAUACUCCCUAUCUGCUUCUGUUCUAUUUGCACAAAAACUGACCACCUUCUUUUGCAACAUGACGACUUGAAACAUUGAUAUCGUCCCAAAACAACUACCAUCACAGAAAGUGUCAGCUUUUUGAUUUGUUGAUACACUGAAUGAAAGAAAAGCUGCUUGUCAUUUGGAGAGAUGUACUGUGGUAAUGUGGAAAGAUCCAUUACGUCACUGCUUAGGGUAUGCUACUGUAUGUCAUCACACUGUUGAGUAAUCAAUUAAUGCAUUCCAGUCCUGUAGAAUGGGAUCAUAUUGAAAAUCAGGUGUCUUGAGACUCAGAGUACAGUAAGAGACAGUUCUUGGAUAAGCUGGCUGACAGAGUAUAUAGCUACGCUGUACUCACAUCUGUUCUGGUGAUAUCACAAUGAAUAUGGAUGAUAAUGAUGUCUAUGACAGCGUUUCAAGCUCCUAUCAUCGCAUGGUAUGUCCCUGAUCCCUUCUAUAACAAUAGAGCGCAGAUGAGCACCUUAAACUGAAAACAUAAAAGGGAUGAAAGAACAAUCUUGUCCUAUCCCUUAUGUGCAAACAUGAAAGGGGUGAAUGGACAACCUUGUCUCGUCCCUGGCGAAAACAUGAAUGGGGUGAAAAGACAGCCUUCUCUUGUUCCUUGUGUGGACAUACGAUGCAUAUGGUAUGUACAUGCAAUGUGUGUACUGUACAUGGCAGCGACGUGUCCCCUCAGUAAGAACAUUGGUGGUACAUCUGAGUUAAAUGCACAAAUUGGUAUCAUCAUCAUCUCUCCAUCAGUGUGUCUGUGAUGGUGGUUCAGCCUCUGGGGGAGCGUCAUGUGGGAUCAAGGCUACAAUCAUCCAAGACAAAUAGGAACUAGAUCUGUCUGGGGGUUGCAGAUCAACUAAUGAACUAAAUAAACAAGUUUCUAUACUUAGUCACAUCACCGGUAAUACACCAACUAUGAUUGAGCUGAACAUUUUUGUUAUAAACAUUAGCUGUGUGCCCUAAAACUUUAGGGAAAGCUUUUAAGUCCAAACCUUUGCCAUGAUAUCUUUGGCGAAAAUUGGGAUUUAAGAAUGAAAAAAUAAGCAUCUAAUUUGAAUGUUUUUUGUUUGUUGAGACAUUUGGAGAAGCAAUGCCACAUAUUGCGUAAAAUGGGCAUCAAUGGGUCCUCCUUUGACCAGAACCACUGCCUGGCACAGGGUUGGUAACAGAGGCAGUAAAGAGCUUGGAUGUUCUCCGUUGCCAAUCCUGAUGCUAUCAUAUCACCUCUAAACUCUAUGUAGGUAAACGUUAGGGAAAAGCUCAAUCAUAGUUUGGUUUAAAACGAUGCUGCUGAUGACUAUGAAGAAAGAUGGAGAAUGCUGCCUGUGUUCUUCAUGUUAUCCUGGUCAUGGCUCAAGUGUGUGUUCAAAAUGGACAGAUUUUGUUUUGAUCCAAAAGCAACCCAGACAGACCUGCAGCCUUGGAAAUGAGAGGGUAUGGAGUCACAGAUGAUACAACUAAAAACUAAACCUGGCUACAAACAUGAUUAUGUUAUAUCCAUAUGAGCUCAUUUUCUACUUAUUAUUACACAUGACCUAGUGAAUAAUGCUUUAUGAAAGUAAUCCAUUAUUUAUAUUACCAGGCCUUUAAUUGCAUAUAAGAUUUUUAUUCCCAAAUGAAUUGCUUUAUUUAACAUAAUCCUACCAAAAUGAUGAAUAUAAAUUCUGAAAUACUUAUAAUUAGACAUGCAUCAUUGAAGAACAGUAUAAAUCCUCUCUCCUCUUUGCAACAAAGACCAUCCCUGAAAGUAUAGUCAUUAUUAAAAGUCAAUAUUGUAUAGGAGAUUACCUAAAUUUAAGCUUUUGUCUUUAACUGUUGAGUGCUCCUUAAAACAUAGAUGGGCUUAGUUGAAGGAUCUCUGUAGCUGUAUUGAUAAACCUUAUCGCUGUGUAUAAGACUGCUCAUUUUCAUCGACAAGUGAAUACGAAUACAGAUGUGUGAGUCAAAUGGAAAUGGGGUAAAACAAUCGCAAAAAAACUUGAGUAUCAAUGGGUGUAAGUAAUACCCAUACAGAGCCAAUCGGAAAGGUGCAUGAAGCUGGAUCUGAGGCGUUCAGCCAUUUGUUCUCUUCUGAGGGGAAACUGUGUGACCUUCACUAUCAAUGAUUGACCUAAAUUAGGUCUCUUUCUAAGGAGGGAUACACUGUAGUAUUUAUGUGCGUGUAUACUGUAUACUGUCAUUCUCCAUGGACAUGUUUCAAACUAUGUGACAGAGAGAGAUUGUUAGACCAUCACCAGGUUGUUUGCAGUGAACAGAUAGCCAUGAUAAUAUAGACAACAGAUCAUGUAUUUCUAA